AUGCAGACUCUCGCCUUUGUUCUCGCUAUCGCCCCGGCGACUGUCCUUGCCCAGUCCCCUCUCUGGGGCCAGUGCGGCGGUCAGGGCUGGACGGGUCCCACUACCUGCGUUUCUGGCUCAGUCUGCCAGAAGACCAACGACUGGUACUCCCAGUGUGUGCCCGGAUCCGGAGGAGGCAACCCUGCUCCCACCACACCCACCACUCCUACUCCUACCAACGGCGGCGGCGGCGGUGGCGGUGGAAAUAGCUUGCACGAAAAGUUCAAGGCCAAGGGGAAGCUCUUCUUCGGAACCGAGAUCGACCACUACCACCUGAACAACAACCCGUUGACCACGAUCGUCAAGAACACCUUUGGUCAAAUCACCCACGAGAACAGCAUGAAGUGGGAUGCCAUUGAACCGAGCCGCAAUCAGUUCAGCUUCUCCAACGCCGACGCUGUCGUCAACUUUGCUACCGCCAACGGGAAGCUCAUUCGUGGCCACACUCUCCUCUGGCACUCUCAAUUGCCACAGUGGGUGCAGAACAUCAACGACCGCAACACGCUGACGCAGGUCAUCGAAAACCAUGUCACCACUAUGGUCACCCGCUACAAGGGCAAGAUCGCCCACUGGGACGUCGUCAACGAGAUCUUUGCCGAAGACGGCUCCCUCCGCAACAGCGUCUUCAGCCGCGUUCUCGGCGAGGACUUUGUCGGCAUCGCCUUCCGCGCUGCCCGUGCCGCCGAUCCCGCCGCCAAGCUCUACAUCAACGACUACAACCUCGACAAUGCCAACUACGCCAAGGUCACCCGUGGCAUGGUCGAAAAGGUCAACAAGUGGGUCGCCCAGGGCAUUCCCAUCGACGGCAUCGGCUCCCAGGCUCACUUGGCUGCCCCCGGCGGAUGGAACCCUGCCUCCGGUGUCCCCGCUGCCCUGAGGGCUCUCGCUGCGGCCAACGUCAAGGAGAUUGCCGUCACCGAGCUCGACAUUGCCGGUGCCUCGGCCAACGAUUACCUCACCGUCAUGAACGCCUGUCUCCAAAUCCCCAAGUGCGUUGGCAUUACCGUCUGGGGUGUUUCGGACAAGGACAGCUGGAGGUCCAGUGACAACCCGCUCCUCUUUGACCGCAACUACCAGCCAAAGGCGGCAUACAAUGCCUUGAUGAACGCCUUUGUGUGUAUAUAUGGAAAGCUUCGAGGCACCUCGUUUUAG